AAAGAAAGCAGCUUCAGAACUGGAUAAGCAAAAAACCCAACCUUCUGAAAGUUGCACCUUAUAUUCAAAACAAAAAACUGUAAGCCAGUAUAUGAUUCAAGCCAAAGCUCGCACAUUGUGCACUACAUCUCAAUAUCAAGAAAAAUAUGGAGAAAUUCAAAAUAAUAAAUUUUCUCAAAAAUGGGUAGACAGAUUUAUAUUUGGAAGAAGAAUUGAGAAACAAAAUGAUGAUGAAGAUAACGAUGAAAAUAACAGUAAAAAUACUGAUGAAAGUGAUGGUGAACCCGAAAGUAAAAAUAAUGUAGAUGGAGAAGACAUGAAUAAAAAUGAAAGUGGGUUAGUUUAUGAUGAUUACUAUGAAGAAAGCGAAGAUUUAACGGUCAUUCAAGAUUGGAAUUAA